AUGCACCUGGAUUCAGCCUGCGGCCUGACGGCGGCUUUCUCUGCAGAGCGCGUCCCCGGCUGUGCAGGGACAGGUCGCAGCUUUGAGUUUGAUGGGCGCACCUGCUGUCCGGAAGGCUCCUCCCCAACCCCGUCGGCGCCCUCGCGCGCCCGCCCCAGGGCGCUGCCGUUGCUGCUGCUCGCGCUGGCGGCCCGCGGGAGCUGGGGCGCGCCCGCACCCCGCGCGGAGGACCUCAGCUUGGGAGUGGAGUGGCUGAGCAAGUUCGGCUACCUGCCCCCUGCAGACCCCACAACAGGGCAGCUGCAGAUACGGGAGGAGUUGACGAAGGCCAUUGUGGCCAUGCAGCGGUUCGGAGGGCUGGAGGCCACCGGCAUCCUGGACGAGGCCACCCUGGCGCUGAUGAAGACCCCUCGGUGUUCCCUCCCUGACCUCCCAGCUGCGGCCCCGGCACGAAGGAGACGCCAGGCUCCAGCUCCCACCACGUGGAACAGGAGGAGCUUGUCCUGGAGGGUCCGCACAUUCCCGCGGGACUCGCCCCUGGGCCGCGACACGGUGCGUGCGCUCAUGCACUAUGCCCUCAAAGUCUGGAGCGACAUCACGCCCCUCAACUUCCACGAGGUGGCGGGCAGCACUGCGGACAUCCAGAUCGACUUCUCCACGGCUGACCACGACGACGCCUACCCCUUCGACGGCCCCGGCGGCACGGUGGCCCAUGCCUUCUUCCCCGGCGACCACCACACCGCGGGGGACACCCACUUCGAUGACGACGAGUCCUGGGCCUUCCGCUCGUCAGAUGCCCACGAUAUGGACCUGUUUGCGGUGGCUGUCCACGAGUUUGGGCACGCCAUCGGGCUGAGCCACGUGGCGGCCACGAGCUCCAUCAUGCAGCCCUACUACCAGGGCCCGGUCGGCGACCCUCUGCAUUACAGGCUCCCCUAUGAGGACAGGGUGCGGAUCUGGCAGCUGUACGGCGUGCGGGAGUCCGUGUCCCCCACGGCACAGCCACACACCCCGGAGCCCGAGGAGCCUCCGCGCCUGCCAGAGCCCCCCGACAAUCGGUCCAGCACCCCGUAAGCGUGGGCCCCUGGUCUGCACACCGUGGCCGGCGCCACCCCCAACAGAGGCUCAGAGCCUCCCGGCUCUUCUGAGAGAAGCACAGCUGUGGGGCCACGUCCCUUUCCUGAAGCCCCCCAGACGCGGAGGGGCACUUGCUCACCCCGGCCCGGGCUGCAGGGGUGGUGGCCCCUCACCCCUUGUCCCAGACAUGCGCCCCACGAUGCUCCCUGACGCUCUGCUCACGCCUCGCUGUCUCGGCCACUCUGGACUGAGGA